UUUUUUAAUAAAAUCAUUAAUUAAAUGUAGUGUUUAAGAGUUGUAUUCAUUGCUCUCAGUUUAAAUUGAUUGCCAGUGAAGUGUAUUAUUGCAAACAUAAUUACGAUUCCCAAGAGUUAAGUCAUAAAUUUUAACUACUAAAUAAGAUUACUACGCGAUCUAUUUGCAGCGGACUUAAACGUACCACUUUUUAAGUGUGUAAACCGUCCAUAUACAUCCGAGGUUGUUUUUGAAAAAAUGGCCGAGGAGUUCCGAAUGGGAAAAUGAAAUGGAAAGGGAAUUCCUGAAACAAGGUGCAGAGGCAAAGGUUUAUCGGGAGAAUUUUUAUGGAAGACCAUGUAUCAGCAAGCAACGUUUCUCAAAGGCUUACAGACACCAAAUCCUUGACAAGUCAUUGACGCUACAACGACUGAAAUCUGAAAUCAGAGCCAUGAACAAGUGCAGAAAUCUUGGAAUAACAGUUCCUGUUUUGUACUUUGUCGACCCUCAGACAAGCACUUUCUAUAUGGAGGAAAUAACUAACUCUCAGACAGUGCGGGACUAUAUUGUGGAUUUACAGAAAAAUGACCCGGAACUAGCUAUUAAAAAAUUAACUCCCCUUGCUGGAAAGCUUGGAAGCAUUCUUGGCAAAAUGCAUAGCGGUAAAAUAAUACAUGGGGACUUGACAACCUCCAACAUGCUACUUAGAGGUGACCCAGAAAACUUGGACAUUGUAAUGAUUGACUUUGGACUCAGUUUUGCAGAGGGUCUCCCAGAAGAUAAAGGAGUGGAUUUGUAUGUGUUUGAGAGGGCCCUUCUCAGUACACAUCCAAACACUGAGGACCUGUUCACAGAAGUUAUGGAAGCAUACAAGAAAGCUAAUGUCAAAGAGGCCAAUGAUGUCAUAAGUAAACUGGAUGAGGUCAGAAUGAGGGGAAGGAAAAGAACUAUGGUCGGAUAGUGUACUAAAGAGUAUAUUUCAUAUUAACUUAAGUAUAUAAUACUGUACACAUGUUUAAUUCUUUAUGCUGCGCAAACUUGUCUGAUUAACAAACACUGUGUAUAUUUUCUAAAUGAUAAUAAAAAGGCAGCCAGCUAUA